GAGAGUUAGAGAGAACUUUUGUUUUCCUGGGACUUUAAUGAAGUUGGCCCUGGUUAGUCUUGGAGGGAUUAUAUCCCAGACUGGAGUCACUUGUGUUACUUGGCCCUGUGACUGCUGUGCUGUGAGGUGAGUGAGGGAGCUUUCCUUAGGGUCACAUGAAGGGGAUGAUCGCAGGGCAGAAGCAGAGCGGGAAGAAGAGCAUGAAUAUGGCAGCAGUUUCACCUACUCACCCAGGCUUUGGGAGAUCAGGGAAGAGCUUCCUCAUCGACAAUCUGCUGCGCUCGGCGGGGCCAUCCUCUUCCUCAUCCUCGCCCAACUCAGAUGGACCAACAGGUGGGUUCUUCAGGGGUCCCGUGACCGGCCACCACAGGAGAACCUGGGGCCCUCAGCAUGUUGUCUACCAGGGCCAGAGUCAGAACUGUAAACGAGUCAAAGACAGGGAGCUUCCUCCUCGGUCACACUCAGGCCUGUUGAGCAGUGUGUUUCUACGGGGCCCUCAGUAUCUGCUGGCAGCAGUGUGCUGUGGUGGGUCCAGCCCUCCAUCUGUCUUCUCCGAGGGAGCCAACAUUCCUAUGUGGUCCCCGGAUACGAGCCCCAAAUCCCGGCGAGGGAUCCUGAGGAGGGCGGUGUUCUCUGAGGAGCAGAGGAAGGAGCUGGAGAAAACGUUCAAGAGACAGAAGUACAUCAGCAAGACAGACAGGAACAAGCUUGCAGCAGAUCUCAGCCUGAAGGAGUCUCAGGUGAAGAUCUGGUUCCAGAACCGGAGGAUGAAGUGGAGGAACUGUAAGGAGAAGGAGGCCCACAGCGGCCGCUCCCCCAUGGAGGAGCUCAUGUCCCGGGGCUGCAAACAGGAAGAGGAGGCACCAGAGAGCACGGGCACGGCAUUAGACAGAUCAUCAUCACAGCAGUGGGACAGGGAAACAGGAGUUACCAUAGAGAAAGAGCCAUGCAAGAAACGUGUGACUUUGAUACAGCCACUGAGUCUGCACAGACACACUAUGACCUCUGACCCAUGAGAGGAUUAAAGACUGAGAGAAACCACUGGGCAAAAACUGGUUGAAUCAACGUUGUUUCCACGUCAUUUCAACAAAAAAUGAUACAUGAUGUUGAAUCAACGUGGAAACUGAUUGGAUUGGGAAAAAAGUCAUCAACAUAAGGCAAUUUCGUCUUUUUUUCAUCCAACAUUUUACCUAAAUCCGACGGCAUGGUAAUUUUUUUUGCUGAUUUCACAUUGAAUUCAUGUUAGUUGACAACUCAACCAAAUGUAAACCAAAUCUAGAAGUUGAAAUGACGUCUGUGCCCAGUGGGAAGAUGAGGGUCAGUGUUGUGAGGCAUGAUUGAAAAGGGACUGUCUGAACAUUGGAUAAAACGACUAACACUCCAUAACAAUAAAAUACUUGUCAUUUUAAUAUUGUGUGGGUUGCUAUUGUGUAGCAACAUUUUGUAGACUGACUGAAAGUGUUUUUGAAUGUGUUUUUGGAAAGUGUUUUUGAAUGAUCAAUACAAAUCUCAAAAACAAAA